CAAAAAAGGAGGUACACCUCUUCUCCGAUCUCUCCCUCUGCUUUUUCCUGCUCUCCUCACUCUAUUCACCGAGCCUACAGGAGAACUUGUUGGGACCUCCCUACUGAGCCCCCAUUUUGUUCCGUUUUCGUCUCUCGCCCUAAUUCUCCAUUGCAACAUGGACCAUUCUGACGGAAAGUGACAGAACUGCUUUGGCAUCAUCUUCUCGACUAAUGUUGGCUUGACAAAACUUGACUCAGCGAUGACACCUUGCUGGACUUGACUUUGCUGUGCGGAGGAUUGUGGUACAGAAUUGAACUUUGGACCUUGUUUCUUUGCUCAGCCUGUUUGCUCUAGUGUUCAGGUGUAUUGAAAGAACGCAAGAAUGGGAUCUGAUGUGCGUGACCUCAACGCCCUACUUCCGCCUGUGCCCCCACUGCCAGGGGGGAACGGUAACUGCACUUUGCCCGUAAGCAGCACUCCUCAAUGGGCUCCGGUGCUGGACUUCCACACUGGUGCACCCUACAGCUCGCUGGCCCAACACUCCUUCAUCAAGCAGGAGCCCAGCUGGGGCACGACCGACCCCCAUGAGGACCCUCACUGUGGUCUGAGUGCCUUCACUUUGCAUUUCUCCGGACAGUUCACUGGCACUGGGGCCUGCAGGUACGGAGCCUUUGGGGCCCCAACACCCAGUCAACCCCCACCUAGCCAGCCCAGAAUGUUCAGCAAUAGCCCUUACCUGUCCAGCUGCAUGGACAGCCAGCCCAGCACCAGAAAUCAGGGUUACGGCCCAGUCGCUUUUGAUGGAACCACAAACUACGGACACACUCCCUCCCACCACACCUCGCAGUUUCCCAACCACACCUUCAAACAUGAGGACCCCAUCGUGCAGCAAAGCAACAUGGGUGACCAGCAGUAUCCUGUGCCUCCUCCGGUAUACGGCUGCCACACUCCCUCUGACAACUGUACAGGAAGUCAAGCUCUGCUCCUGAGGAACCCUUACAACAGCAGUGAUAAUUUAUACCAAAUGGCGUCACAGUUGGAGUGCAUGGCGUGGAACCCCGUCAACUCUUUGGCAUCUACGAUUAAGAGCCAUGCAACAGGUUAUGAGAGCGACCCCAGCACGCCCAUGGUCUACAGCUGCAGCACACAGUACCGUAUCCACACCCACGGCGUCUUCAGAGGCCUUCAGGAUGUGCGACGAGUACCAAGCAUUACCCCUGCCAUAGUGCGUUCAUCGGAGACCAAUGAGAAAAGGCCAUUCAUGUGCGCCUACCCGGGCUGCAACAAAAGAUAUUUUAAACUGUCUCACUUACAGAUGCAUAGUCGUAAACACACAGGGGAGAAACCUUAUCAGUGUGACUUCACAGACUGUGGUCGCAGAUUCUCCAGAUCAGACCAGCUAAAAAGGCACCAGAGAAGACACACAGGCGUUAAGCCAUUCCAGUGCGAAACCUGUCAAAGAAAGUUCUCACGGUCAGACCACCUUAAGACCCACACCCGGACUCAUACAGGUAAAACAAGUGAGAAACCUUUCAACUGCAGAUGGCCAAACUGUCAGAAGAAGUUUGCCAGGUCUGAUGAGCUUGUACGGCACCACAACAUGCACCAGAGGAAUUUGACGAAGUUGCAGCUGGCAAUCUGAUCCAACUGCUUUUUCCUUUGCAAUGUUACUAGCUCUAAAGCAGCACUUUGAAACAAUGAUUUCAUGGAGUGCAAAAGGCUGGAACAACUGUUUAUCUGCAUGUGCAGCACCCCCAAGUGGCAAAUCGCAACUGGCCCUAAUACACCAUCACAGUGUCAAUACUAAAACGUCUGUUUCCAAUGAGGAAACCUUAUCAUGUUUUUUAUUAAAUUUUUGAGAUGUGAAAUAUUAUUUACCUAACAGUUAAUUUAGGUGUGUUUCUCAGUUUCCAGACUAAUUUAUUAUGUUUGUUGUAAAUUAAAAUGUUUUAAACUUUUUUUUUUUUUCUCCUUGUAAAACCCAUCCAAACUUUAUCCAACAGCUUUUGAACAUUUUAUCUCAAAUUGUGAAACUCUCUCUGGACAAGUGCUUGUCCAUGCUGUUUGUACAAAUCCACUCUCUUCGACCUUACCAGUAAAUUUAUGAGAUAGGUCACACUGGCUAUGUGGCUGAGUGGUUGUGGGCAAGUUGUAAAUAUUAGUUUCAAUCCUCAGCCAACACAAUUUUUUUUAGAUCUAACAGGCAAAAUUAUAUUCAUGGGAAAUGUGACUCACAUACAUUCAGGAAAGAAAUGUGAAAUGUAUUCAGAUGAAAAUGUUUUUGUUUUUCUUGUUUUUUAAUGAGCUCUAUUUGUAUGUAUGUAUAUGUCUUAGACGGUAUAUUGACAGUCAUUGUUUUUUUGUUUUGUUUUGUUUUUGAAAUAAAA